GGUCGCUGAGUCUUGGCCCCUCUCCGGCCUGGAACCGCCAUGGGACUACUGAUCGCCAAACUGAUGAGCACCUUCGGGAACCAGGAGCACAAGGUUAUCAUCGUGGGACUGGACAAUGCGGGAAAGACCACCAUUCUCUACCAGCUCGAGGAAGAGUGGGGAGAGCGGACGCUGGUGGAACCUUCCUGGUACAGUGACCCUUCAGAUCUGUGGCCCCUCGCCUGGGAUUCGAAUCCUGCCCGCCUGAUGAACGAGGUGGUCCACACAUCUCCCACCAUCGGUAGCAAUGUGGAGGAGAUUGUUCUGCGAAAGACACACUUCCUCAUGUGGGACAUAGGGGGACAGGAGGCGCUGCGCUCUACCUGGAACACGUACUACUCCAACACUGAGUUCAUCAUCCUUGUGAUUGACAGCACGGACCGGGAUCGGCUGCUGACCACUCGGGAGGAGCUAUACAGAAUGCUGGCCCAUGAGGCUCUGCGAGAUGCUUCCGUUCUCAUCUUUGCCAACAAGCAGGAUAUGAAGGACUCCAUGACCACCGUGGAGAUCUCUCAAUUCCUCACUCUCAGUGCCAUCAAAGACCACCCGUGGCACAUACAAGGCUGCUGUGCCCUCACUGGGGAAGGGCUGCCCGAGGGGCUCCAGUGGAUGAAGUCCCAAACCACUGCCAACUGAUGUCCCAGUCUGCGGCCAUUUGCUUGGACUACGUGGGUAGAAAACCCAAGUGACUAUUACUUUUCUACGAUUCUCUGAUGGGAGCUGGGUCAGCUUUGGACAGUGAAGUGAGAUUGUCACAGUCCCCUCAACCGUGUGAGCUAGCCGAAACGCCCUGAAUUGCUGCAGACAGGACAGCAGAAAAGCUGCAUGGAAGUAGGUGUCCUUCACUCCAUGGAAGUAGGUGUCCUUGGACUCACCAGGCAAGCUGUUGGACAUGUUGAGGGACUAGAAUGUGGAGCCCAGUCCCCUCCGCCUGCAACCUCUUUGAAAAAAGAAAUGGGGGCCAAAGUAAGAGACCCCUGGAAUUGCUCUUUAUUUCUUAGAACCCCGCCCCUCGCCCCUGGCUCCUAUCCCAGCUCUCCCUCAGCCACCUUUGAGCAAAGGAGAUUCCAGAGAGGUGAAGGGGCAGGCUCUGGGGAAGGACACCAAAGCCAAACACUGGUGGGAAGGGAGAGGGAGGAGGGCGGGACACCCCAGACAGGGAUAGUCCCUUGCAUGGCGGGGAGUUCCACUCCUCCCAGGCCUCUCUGUUUCCUCUGAGAUGCUGGCUCUGACCACAGCUUUUGAGCGUUCAGCCAUCUCAUCGUACGCCCUUCAUUCCCAGCCCUUCCAAUGUGAAUCCCACUCCUCCCAAAUUUCCCCGAUUCCUACAGGGUGCUCAUCUUGACCAUCUUUUGUAAUGAUUUUUUCCCAC